AUCCGACAAAGAAAGCCCCAAGGUUGUGGUGUUGAAACCGCUGCUGCAUGGGGCGAAGCCUAUCGUCAGCUUCUCGCUGCACGGGGCGCCCGUGCGUCUGCUGGCUCACCUGGGGUGUACAGACAUUUGUUUUUCAGCAGACAAGGACGGGGGCUUGGAGCUUUGGGGUAUACAUACAGGUCGUAGAGUAUCAAAAGUCAGCCACCCGGAGCAAAUCGAAUUCGAGUUUAAGGCGGAAACCCAUCUGUUUGACUUGCAAAGGCGCUUUAAACGGUCCACUGCGUCUUGA